AUGGUAAUCGGUGUAUUUCUUGCUACAGCCCUUGCAGUUGUGAUUAUCAGGUAUCUCUACUGCAAAAGACGGAAUAAGCUUGGAAUGAGCUUUGACAAGGCCCCGUCACUAGAGUGGGCACCUUGCAGUAGGGAUGAAACUCUGUGCAGAUUAGAAUCGGAAUCUUUUGAUCUUGUUGUUGUUGGUGGCGGAUGCACGGGUGCAGGAUGCGCACUGGAUGCAACCACGCGAGGACUCAAGGUGGCAUUGAUAGAAAGAAUGGACUUUGGGUCUGGUACAAGCUCAAAAUCCACAAAGCUUGUACAUGGUGGAGUAAGGUAUCUUGCAAAGGCAAUUGCAAGCUUUGGCUGGUCACAGUGCAAACUUGUAUUGCAGGCAUUAAGUGAACGGACAGUAAUGUUCAACAUUUCACCCUACUUAACAAACACAAUCAAGAUAAUUGUUCCAAUAUACAGCAAAGCAUGGGCACCUUAUUAUUAUAUUGGCCUGAAGCUAUAUGACUGGAUGUCUGGCAUAAAGUCAUUAGGUAAGAGCUACUUUAUUAGUAAAGAGCAGGCUGUGCAUGCAUUUCCUCAGGUAAACAGACACAACCUGUAUGGUGCAAUGGUAUACUUUGAUGGCCAGCAAGACGAUGCAAGAAAUAAUGUGAUGCUUGCAGUAACUGCAGCAUACCAUGGUGCAGCGGUUGCAAACCACGUAUCUGUAAUUCAAUUGAUUUUUGAGUGCUCGAAGGUUGUUGGAAUUAGAUGUAGAGAUGAAAUAACAGGUAAGACAAUUGAGAUCCGUGCAAAAGGCAUCAUCAAUAGCACAGGAAAUCUUGUAGACACACUCAGGAUGAUGGAUGAAAAAUGCAAGGAUAAAAUUGUUGUACAAAGCUCAGGAACACACAUUGUUCUUUCUGGCAAGUACAUUCCAAGAGAUAUGGGAUUUCUUGAUCCACAGUCUAGCGAUGGCAGAGUAGUUUUCUUCAUGCCAUGGAUGGGAAAGACACUUGUUGGAUCGACAGAUGCAAGAACAGUUGAUGGAGACACGAUACCAACCGAAAGUGAUCUUGACUUUCUACUCAAUGAAGUUGGAUCGUACUCUUCUGUGUCACCAAAACCAACGCGAAGAGAUGCCUCAGCAGUAUGGACAGGAAUUCGAUCACUUGUGAAAGAUGGCUGUGCAUCUGAUACAAGCUCAAUUGUAAGGAAGCAUUAUAUUGGCAUCGAUGACAAUGGAUUGAUCACAAUUACUGGUGGUAAGUGGACAAUAUACAGGAAAAUGGCUGAGGAAGCAAUCGACAUUGCAGUGAAUGUGUUUUCUCUACAGCCUCAGAGAAGAUGCGUAACAAGACAUGUAAAGAUUGUUGGAGCACAUGGAUACACUGAGGAUACGUGGAAAGAGAUUAAUAAGAAACUGAAAGUUCCCGAGGACAUGGCUAGACGGUUUGCCAGGUUUUAUGGAGCAAGGGCAUUGAAGCUUGCAGAUUACAUUGCCAAUGGAGAAAAGAGGCACGUGAUGUCCAGAAAGUAUUCAUAUCUUAUUUCUGAGGUUGAGUAUUGCAUAGACAAUGAAUUGGCAGUCAGCAUAUGCGAUGUUCUUUCGAAUAGACUUAUGCUCAGUCUUUUUGAUGUUAGAGAGGCAUAUGAAUGUGUUGGGCAGGUUCUUGAUGUGUUCAGAAGAAAGCAUCGCUGGGGUGCAGAUAGAUGUAAUAAGGAAGAGAUUGAAGCAGUUAAACUACUGAAUACGUAUGGCCUGAGCCUUUUAAGAGAGAAGGAUGGCUGUGAAGAUACUGCUACACAUAUUGAAUGUCCGCUGAAUCGAGCCAAGAGGACAGAGUAA